CAAAAUUUCACUACAAAAACAAAAGGCCUAAAUGUUCGUCGACUCAGAAAAGAGUACGUGGCUAUCCCACUAGUAGGGACUUAUUUGCAUGUAAGUAGAAGGCCUUUUCUAUCACUACAAAAACAAAAGGCCUAAAUUAAAGAGUACGUAUAUAUGAUGAAGGAAUAUAAUGAAGAACUCGGAGCCUUAAUCAAGGUUUGGAUUGUGGCCAUCUUGUGUAUCAGCUACUGCUACUUGAUUCCCAUGCGGAUGAUCAAGAAGAACGCCAUGUCGAGGUUAAUCUCUCUUCUCCCCGUCAUCACCAUCUUUUUCAUCCUCCCGCUUCCAUUCACAACCGUCCAUCUUUCCUUUGUUGUAUUCUUCUACCUCACGUGGCUUGCGAACUUCAAACUCUUACUCUUGGCGUUCAACCGUGGCCCUUUAGCCCCCACCCCGCCCUUACCUUUCUUCGUUUUCGUAUCCGUUGCUAUGUUACCAAUUGACCUUAAACAUUCACCUAACCAAAAAAAGAAAAUUGACCCAGCUCCAGCUCCAGUUCCAGCACAUAAACCGUUUAUUUUAGCAUUUAAAGCAAUAAUUCUCAACAUAAUUGUAGAUUUCUACAAAUACAAACAUAAACUCCACCCGAAUGUCAUUCUAGCUUUGUACAAAGGCCAUAUUUUCCUCACUGUCGAGUUAGGUUUAACCAUUACAGCUUUCUUUCUUAUGAUUUUUCUCGGAUUUGAUUUAGAGAUCGAACCACAAUUCAAUGAACCUCUUUUGGCUACCUCUCUUCAGGAUUUUUGGGGCCGCCGUUGGAACCUUGUGUCAUCGAGAAACCUAAGAGCUGUUGUGUACAAUCCAACUCGAGAGAUCCUUACUCCAACUUUUGGCAAAUUAAGGAGCCAACAGCUCGCAAUUUGCGUUACUUUUUUGGUGUCCGGGCUAAUGCAUGAGUUGCUGUUUCUAUAUAUUACUCGUGUUCAGCCGACUUGGGAGGUUACAUGGUUUUUUGUACUACAUGGGGUAUGUACGGCUGUCGAGGUGGGAGUCAAGAAGACGGUGGCAGGCAGGUUGGGGUUCAUGCAUAGGGCGGUGUCAUGGCUGCUUACGGUGUCGUUUGUGAUGGUUACUGCUGUUUGGUUGUUCUGGCCACUAUUAUUACGGAAUGGCGUAUGUGACAAGGUCAUAAACGAGUAUUCAGUCAUGGUGAAUUUUGUGAUGUCUAAAUGCAUGGGAAUGAAAGCAUAAAAUAUAAUGGUGAACUAGGGAAUCUCCGGCCUGCAUUACGGGCACCAUUCGUGUUGAAACGAUUGUAUUAUUUAGGAUAUACUUGCAUUGAAUUAACAAAUAUUCUAUUA